CCAAGCACUAAGCACACACGAUGGGUGCAACCAAAGUUCCCAAGCUACCCAAGAUUACCGAGCAGGCGGAUCCAGAUUCCAACCCAAAAGAGGUGGCACCUAGCACAGACUCAACAGCAACACCAGCAGCAGCGCCAGCAGAUUUUGAAACCGCCAUCGAUGCCGCUGGCUUUGGAAUGUUCAAUAUCCUACUCCUGGUGGCCGCUGUGCCCGCGGCCAUGGGCACUGUUUACGAGACCUCCACAAUGUCCUACAUCCUGCCCAGUGCCGAGUGUGACCUUCAGUUGAGCCUGCUGGACAAGGGUAUACUGAAUGCCAUCACUUAUGCGGGCAUGAUCAGUUCAGCGGUGAUGUGGGGUUACCUGGCGGAUACAAAAGGACGCAGAAAUCUCCUCAUCCUGGGCUAUGCCGCGGAUACAUUCUGUGUCCUUGGAGGAGCCUUCAGUCAGAAUAGAAUCCAGCUGAUGGUUUUCAAGUAUCUGGGGGGUUUCUGUAUGAGUGGCCCCUUUGCUGUGCUUAUGACGUAUCUAACGGAACUCCAUGGACGUCAACAUCGCCAGCGCAUCAUGAUGAUGGUGGGCAUUAUGUUCUCUAUAGCCACCUUGACGCUACCUGGUUUGGCCAUGCUAAUUUUGCCCCAGGAGUGGGACAUACACAUCUGGACUUUGUCGCUCUCCUCCUGGCAAGUCUUUGUGGCCAUCACCGCCCUGCCUAGUCUUCUGAGCUUUUUGCUCUUCUUUUUCUUUCCGGAAAGCCCCAAAUUUCUCAUGUCCAAAGGACGCAAUCAGGAGGCCAUGGAUGCCUUCAAGUUUAUGUUUCAUUUAAAUACUCGCAAGCCCAAGGAUUCAUUUCCAAUCAAGUUGCUGGCCAAUGAAGUCAUAGUGCCAGAGCCCAAAAAGCACAAAGAGCAUAAGACUAUUUCUAACGAAAUCAAGCCGCCCAUUGAGAAUAACAAUGAACUAGAUGAUCCCGAGCAGGGUACCAAAACACCAGAGCUAAAGAAGACCUCAGGCUUCUCGCAGCUAAGACCACUGUUCACCAAGCCCUAUCUGGGUCUGUCCCUUUGGGUUUACCUGCUCAACUUUUGUGUGCUCUUGGGCCAGAACACCAUGCGCCUGUGGCUGCCCCAGCUCUUUGCCUCGAUCAAUGAGUACGAACAGCUGAUGGUGGUUAAGGGUGAGUCAGGAUCCACCAGUAUUUGCAGCAUCCUGGAGUACAGUGUGAAUCGCACUCAGGCCCAGCUGGAGGCAGCCACUCGUAAUGAUCCCAUGACAGAGUGUCAUGUAAAUAUCACUGCCUCCACAUAUACCAACAAUCUAAUAGUGGCUGCCGCGGGCUUUGUGGCCUACAUGUUGGCUGGUUUCCUGGUUAAUUUAGUGGGCGUCAAGCGUAUUAUGACAAUGGGUCUCUUUGUGGCUGGCUGCUGUUCCAUUGGCAUGUACUGGUCCAGUUCAGCCAUAUCUACGGUGGCCAUUGCCUCGCUAUUUGUGACCAUGGGCAGCAUAUCGGCCACAUCGGUAAUCAGUGCCUCUGUCAACCUGUUUCCCACCUCGCUCAGGACAAUGAUUGUCUCACUGGAAAUGAUGUUCGGUCGCCUGGGCUCUUUGCUGGGCAACAUCUUCUUCCCAGCUCUAAUGGGACUGGGCUGUGUGCCGCCCUUCUUCAUGGUCAGCCUGUUCAUGUUGGCCGGCUGUCUGAUGGCCGCCUUUCUGCCGCUGAAGAACAAGGCUGCCCUGAAGUGAAGUGACAACAAGAGGAGUCUGGAGUCAGGAGUCAAGUCCAUUGCUGUACAUAGUAUUUAAACUUAAUUCUUAGUUUAAGUUCUCCCUCAACUUUUAGAAAAGGGGGAGGUUGGGAUAUUUAUUGCACAAGUUUGUCCAUUUAUUUACCAAUUUAAACCGACAAAAGCAUUUCACCUAGCAUCAAGCAAGGACUCUUGGAAGAGUCUUCUCCUGGUGACUUUUCCAAGGGUAUUUGCACUUCCUUCUCAUUUAUUUUGCACUAUCUUCCUUACUUUCUUUUUUUUUUUUUUGUUUUUUUUUAUAUAUUUGUUUGUUUGUUUGCUGUGUCCCCUUUUGCUUUGGUUUAAUUAAAAGUUAAUUUAUUUUAGAUUGCAAGUUUCUAGGAUUAAGCAAUUUGUAUGCAAUUUCUCGUUUGCGCUUGUCAAUUACAUGAAUUCCUCUACAUCAA